GUUGUGUUGGUCAAUCGUUGCUAGGCAACCUCUGUCACGACAUGUCAGAGUUGCACCAGGCAGCAGCAGCAGGAGAUUUUGAUCAAGUUGAGGAGAUUUUGAGGCAAAAUAAAUGCAACCCUAAUCAGAGAGACAUCGACUGGAGCUACAAGACACCACUCCACUGGGCUGCAGCUAAAGGACAUACAGAAACAGUCAGGAUCCUCAUUGAGCACGGAGCCAGACCAUGUCUGAGGACAGAGCAUGGAUGGACUCCUGCUCACUUUGCUGCAGAAUCCGGUCGACUGGCUGUGCUGCGGCUUCUGCACUCUCUCCGUGCUCCCAUAGACAAGGAGGACUGUAGUGGAGACAAACCAGUACGGAUAGCCGAGAUAUAUGGACACCAGGACUGUGUUCGGUUCCUUAAAAAAGCAGAGAUUGAGUGCCAGGCCUACCGCAAGAUGGCAGCCGAAAAAGGCAUUUCAAUGGAUGACACAGAUGAGGAGUGGGCAGAGCAGGGCAAAGAAAAUGAAGAAAACAGGAUCUGUGAGUGACAUCACUGUAGACUUAAAGUUGUUAGUGUUUCAGUGGCGUUUAAGUGCUGUAGUACUAAUGAAAAACGUGUAAUAUACUGAACAGUAUUGCAAACCACAUUUGACAUUAAAUUAUAGUUUAAUUUCAGUUUAGCAAAGAGUAUAGAGUAAAGAGCGUAUAAUUUUGUCGAAAACACAGAUCUACAGUACUAAACAAACAUUACAAUUCUGUACAGUUAGUUUUUUUUUUUACCUCCAUCAAAAUUAAUAAACCAAAAUAAACAACAACAAAAAAAUCACGUUAGAGUAAAUGUAGCUUAAGCUAUUAUCAUUGGUUUUGUGUAUAAAAUGUAGUUUGUUGUGAUUUAAGAGUGCACGUGUUUUCACUUCUUCCAUGUUGAGUCUAACUUUGUCGAGCUGCUUGCAGUGGAUGCCAGAGUCUGGAGAUCAGAAGGAGAAGGAUGUGUAAGAUGUAUCAGUACUCAAUGUUGUAUUUUACAUGAGUAAACCCAGAUGUAGUGCACUUACUUUGUUUCUGAAACGAUUCAGCAGUGCUUCACGCGUCUGUCAAAAUUAGAUUAAACCAUUUUUAAUGAUGCUGUA